CUGUGCAACAACUAAUUCUGGCUUUCAGGCUAGCUGGGAACGAAAAGUGGUGGAUCCACGCGCCCUUAAACGCAAUAAAACGAGUUUUAACGAAUUUAAAUACUAAAAGUAAACAACAUUUUAAAAAAAAUGUCGUACAAUAAAGUAGUACCAGCUCUAGUCAAGUCAAGUUCCGAUAACAUCAAGAGAAUAUGCUUGUCUCACGGGAGAUUUCGCUCCACGGUCGCAUCCACGCAACGUGAUGAGGUUGAAGGAGGGAAAGAGAAGCAAGUUGAUGAGUGCACUGUGGUGAAAGCUGUUCAAGCGGACCUCAUCAUCCAGUCAAAAAAUACCACCGAUGCUCAAACACAGAAGAUCGAAAUCGACUUUGGCAAUACUCAUGAAGCUUACAAAAGUAAAGAUAACAUUGAGCUGCUUAGAAGUCUGUUGGUCUUCAAGCUUUGCACAUUCGACUUCCUCGUUGACAAGAACAAGGAGUUGAUGGACCUUAGCAAGAAGGUAUUUGGCCAGCGGCUGUUUGAGAGGCUGAUGAAGAUGACGUUCUAUGGACAGUUUGUGGCCGGGGAGGACCACAACUCAAUCAAGCCUCUGAUCCAUAAGAACCAGGCCUUCGGCGUGGGGUCAGUCCUGGAUUACAGUGUGGAGGAAGACCUGACCCAGGAGGAGGCAGAGAAGAAGGAGAUGGAUGCCUGUGUGUCUGAAGCUGAGAAAGAAAGUCAAGUGCCAGCUCCAGAAUUCUUUGUAACGCAGGAGCAUGACCACAGCGUUGACCACCGUGAGAAGAAGUACAAGGCCCACCGUCAGUUUGGGGACCGUCGUGGGGGCGUGGUCAGUGCCAGGACAUACUUCUAUGCUGAUGAGGCCAAGUGUGACAACCAGAUGGAGACCUUCCUCAACUGCAUAAAAGCCUCAGGGGGGGCCUCUGUAGAUGGAUUUUCUGCCAUUAAGAUGACUGCCCUGGGCCGUCCACAGUUCCUGCUCCAGUUCUCAGAGGUGCUGGUGAAAUGGAGGAGGUUCUUCAACCUGCUGGCAGCACAGCAGGGGAAGUCUGGCAUGGAUGCACUGGAGCAGAAACUGGAACUGGAACAGCUGAAGGAGAGUUUGACUCAGCUGGGGGUUGGAAAUAAAGAUGACAUUGAGAACUGGUUUACUGGAGAGAAACUGGGCCCAUCAGGAACGAUUGACCUACUGGACUGGAACAGCUUGAUUAAUGACAGAACAUCGAUCUCAAACCUGCUCGUCAUUCCCAAUGUUGAGACUGGUCAGCUGGAGCCUCUGUUGAGGAAGUUCACUGUUGAAGAGGAGAAACAGAUGAAGAGGAUGCUGCAGAGAGUGGAUGUUCUGGCCAAGCAUGCGGUGGAGAACGGGGUGAGGCUGAUGGUGGAUGCUGAGCAGACGUACUUCCAGCCGGCCAUCAGCAGACUGACCCUGGAGAUGCAGAGGAUCUUCAACAGAGAGAAGCCCAUCAUCUUCAACACCUACCAGUGCUAUCUUAAGGAAGCCUAUGACAAUGUGUCUGUGGAUAUGGAGCUGUCCCGGCGUGAAGGUUGGUACUUUGGGGCCAAGCUGGUCCGCGGGGCCUACAUGUACCAGGAGAGGAGCAGGGCGGAGGAGAUCGGCUACGAAGACCCCAUUAACCCAGACUAUGAGGCCACCAACCGGAUGUACCACAAAUGUUUAGAGUUUGUGUUGGAAGAGAUCAACCACAACAGGAAGGCUAAUGUCAUGGUGGCGUCACACAACGAGGACACUGUCAAAUUCACUCUGGAGAAGAUGAACCAGAUGGGUCUGUCACCCACUGAGAACAAGGUCUAUUUUGGACAGCUGCUCGGAAUGUGUGACCAGAUCAGCUUCCCACUAGGCCAGGCUGGAUUCCCAGUGUACAAAUACGUCCCCUACGGCCCAGUCAACGAGGUCAUCCCCUACCUGUCUCGCCGUGCCCUGGAGAACAGGGGCUUCAUGAAGGGUUCCCAGAGAGAGCGCAGCCUGUUGUGGAAGGAGCUCAAACGCAGGCUGCUCAAUGGACAGAUCCUCUACAAGCCUGUGUACUAACUGAGCUGACUGACUGUCUGGCACACCAGCACUCUGCCCCUGUAAUACAUUCCAAUGUCUUAACCAAACCUGCCCUGCGCACAAUGGGGUGAAUACUAACUUCCACUUAAGUUGAAUUUUCACUUAGUCAUGCUCUGAUGUCAAUGGGAGCCUAAAGUGAAGCAUUGGCUGAAGUGGACAUUAGGAUUCAACCCCCAUAGCUUUAGAAUGUACUGUAGGUAGGCUUGUCUAGUACUAAGAUACUAACCUAAUGCCAAAAGACCCUCUGACUCGCUCUGCCUUUUCAUCUAUUGCUGCCAAAAGUGUCCUUAUUUUAUAUAAGAAUAUAUCUUAUCUACUGUGGUUUAGCAGCUUAUUCAGUGGCUUAUUGGCCAUUUUUAAAGUUGAGCUGUAGUUCUUAAGCUAGCAUGGAAAGUGUGUGAUUUGUUAUCACUGCUUAUAGAGUCAUAUCAAUAUAACUGUAGUUGUCGACAGGAUUUUUCUGAAUUUAUUAAGGCUCCUAUUUAAAUGUGUCCUGUGUCUUUUUGUUUCCUUUCAAAGUUCAGGAACGGUAUGUUUUGUAAAAAUGUAGUUAUUUAUCAUUGUCUUACAGACUGCUUUGGAACCCUUGUUUGUUAGCAUGUAAUGUUUAAAGUUCUCCUUUGUAUCUAUGUUUUACUGAACUGUGGAUGAUUGGUCAUUUGUAAACACUUUGUACAGGGUUCUAGCUUUGCUGAUUUUUAAAACCAAUAUUUUAAUUAUUUAAAUAGAAAUAUAUAAAACUGAUGUACACAAGGUUGUACAGUAUGAUGAUAUUACUGUCUUAUUAAAGAAAUUGAGUGGUCAUGUGA